AUGUCACGAACCCGCGAUUUGAGUCAACUUAAACAACCUACUGCGAUCCCCUUCCCCAGCUCACAGCCUGGCUCGACUGCUCUACUUUCCGAACCUGAGAGGACCCCCAAUUUCCCACCACGUGCGCCUCGAUCUGCUCGCCCUUCCAAUUCGCCUGUCGAACGACCUCUUCGACCUCAAGCUUCUCAUGAUACAAUCGGAGCUUACACCCCUUCGAGACCUCAACGAAACGCUGCAAGGCAUCCUGGCAUUGUGGUUAGCAAUGAUCCCUCGGAGGCUUAUCGUGGCACUACACCAGAAUACCCUUCCCAGUCUCGUUCGGGUUCUAGCUCCAACCCAGACCGUUACGCAAAAUCUCGAGGCACUUCAGAUCAUGGCCCACGUCAAGUCGUACCACCACGAGGUGAAGUUUCAGCCGGGCCCCGAGAUCGACUUGGGAAUACCAACAAGCUGUAUCAGGCGGUGAGUGGACGACGAAACGAGCAGGGUGAUGGAAUUUAUCCCGAUCCAUCUCAAGUUGAUCAAAAUGCGAAUGGUUACUUGAAUGAGGAUUACCGAUCUCGGCGCGAUCAAUCUGAAGCAUACGGUGACCGAGAUCCCAGUCCUGACCGCAGGAUAUCUCGAACUUCGUCAGACGGAUCUUAUGAUCCAGUUGAUCUUUUGACUGAAAAUGACUUGAAAGGUGUAAGGCAGAAUCAUGGGGCUCGAGCGGUCGCGAAGGUGUUUCAAGAUUCUGUGAUCAGACCAGAAAAUACCAGGCGACAACCCCAAAGGCUUCCAUCUAGCUCCAACGGCGAUCCAGGACGGUCGAGAAGGCCAGCUGUGGCUGAUCAAGGCUUCCAAGCAAAACCCAGCAAGCUAGAUGAUAGAUCAUAUCCCAUGACUCCAGGCUUUCGGGAAAUCGAGCAAGUGUUAAUGCGUAUUAAGACCGCAUGGGAAAGGACUGGCAUCACAGGAGAUGUAGAUGAUGAAGAGGGUGCUGCUCCGGGCUCGUCAAAUCAAUUCUCACCGGUGGCUCUGGCACUUGAUCUCUUAGAAUCAGAAAACGCACAUGACCAAAGUCAAUCCGCCAAGAGAGCCAAAGACAUGAUCAACCAGAAAGGCGGUCUUGUACCUUCGUUGUCUUCGUUUCUCAAAUUGAAAGCGGAGCUCGAGAAAGCACUUCAAUUGACUAUUCAGACGAACUAUCGCCAGUUUGACGCAUCCGUGAAUGCAUACAACUUGGCUAGGAUGAAUGUCGAGCAUAGCACUAAGAGAGUACUUGAACUUAAGACUAGAUUAACAGAGUGCCGAAAUACUUUGGGAUGUGGCCGAAGUAGCAGCUUAACUAAUUCGACUGUGGGAGGAAAAGGAAGUGAAAUGAAAGCUUUACAGGGUAGACGGGAGAUGCUAGGAGAGAUGCUGAAAUUGAUUGACAUGAUAGAUCAGCUAAAGCAAGUACCCGAGAAACUUGAGACAUUGAUAUCAUCUAAGAACUUCUUAUCAGCCACAGUUCUACUGGUUAGGUCUUUGAAACUCAUCAACAAGCCUGAACUGGUAGAGAUUGGCGGUCUGGUGGACUUGAGGUCUUACCUUGUGAAUCAAGAGACUACAUUAUUUGAGAUACUGAUCGAAGAACAUCAUAAUCAUCUAUAUCUCAAGAGUUACUUUUGUGAUAACAGGUGGCGAGUGUACCGCAAGGGUCAAUCCCACUUACCUGUUAUCCAAUUUACGGAUGGAAGCGCCGCAGACAAUGAAAAAUUCGACAUGAGCAUUCAAUCCAAUUCCAACACACCUGCUGUUUCCCAAGCUGCCUCCUUUCCUCCCAACGAUUUUUUGCCAUCCAAUCAACGACGAACCAGAACGCACGUGACGUCUAGCCUGCAGCAUUUCUUGGAUGAUCUGUUGACUAAGCCUCAGUCCAAUCCUCUUCUCGAUGAACCGGAUAUGUUUCUAGAGAUGAACCCGACUCCUACCUCACCAACUCUUGGGGACCAUGCAACCACUCCUCCUGUCUCUCAUCGAUUGUUGUCUCAUGGUGGUAUUGAUGGCAAGAAACGCAAGGCACAAAAUGUCAAUCCUGAAGUCAACUCCUUUGUAUAUAUGGAGAGUCUCAUUGAGAGUCUCGCUGUUUUGGGCAAGCUCAGCUUGGGCUUGGAUAAUACUCUGCAGAGGGCUCCACUCGAGAUCUACAACCUAGUAGAGGCGACCAUUCACGAGGUUGAAGAUCGGUAUGAAAGUGUUACUCACAUCGGCGGAUCGGCACCUAAAGCGUAUGGGAAUGAUGGCAAUAUCAACACCCUUUCCAGCAACCGGGCAAGUACUCUAGAAUUCAAACUCUUGCUAAGCUCUGCUAUCCAAUCCUUUAACACCAAAAGGAUUUCAAGGUUUAAGAUCAAUAUAAAUGAAAUUAAAGAGCUCGAAUCCAAUUCUGAAAUCUUACAAGAUUUCUUCUGGACGUUAUUUUCGAAGCUCGAUGCUACCUUGCAGUCCUUCCGUGUAACGCACGAAGUAGGGUUAAGAAUCAGUCAACGUAAAGGAUCAAAGAAGACGGAGUCAAAUCUACCAACGUUCUCUUUUCACUACUAG